CUACGGUCCUGGAUUUGAUGUAACUGGCUUACUUUCAUGCCAAAUAUGGUUGCGAAGGAUUUGAGGCCAUUCACGUCAAAUUCCGAGAGCGUAGGGUGGAUGUCUUACUUUCCAAAGCCUGCUUUAGCCUUGGUAGCACCUAAGGGGUUAUAUCUUAGACUCCGGCGUCUCCUUGCUCUCUCUUUCUUCUCUGUUAUCUCAAAUCUCCCCCUUCCUACUUCUUUCUCUCCAUCCCCUCAUUUCUUCUGAUUUAUUUCCAUCUUCCCGCAAAUCCAUCGUAUACUCUUACCUUUGUCCCGUGAACACUACCCAUCUAGUUGUGAAAUACAGCGUCUGAUGACAGACACGAUGGCCAUCUCAAUAAUUGAUACCGCCAGGUAUGGGUGGUUAUCUUACCUCGGUAUCGGCUGUGUGAUUUUCUUUGCCUAUUUCAUUGCAUCGGCCAUUUACAAUCUCUAUUUCAGCCCAUUGGCGAGAUACCCAGGCCCAUUUCUUGCAAAAAUUUCAGCAUGGCCAAAUUUCUACUAUGCCACCACCGGCUAUCGGCAUAUUUGGAUUUGGCAAUGCCACGAGAUCUACGGCGAGGCAUUCCGCUUCAAACCAGAUGGCGUUCUGUUUAAUUCCCCAACUGCUUAUCGCGCUAUAUAUCAAACGAAAGCCAAUACCAAAAAAGGGAAAUUCUACGAAAUCUGGUCACGCAACCCACAGUAUAUUAACACUUUGACCAAGGUCGAUAAAAUAGCCCACGCACGCAAAAGACGGGUCUUAAAUUCGGCAUUCUCCGAAAAGGCGAUACGGUCCGCCGAAACCUUUGUCGUGAAGCACGUUGAUCGCUGGACUGAGCUAAUUAUCAACGAGAAUGAUGGCAAGGGAUGGACAGUUCCCAAAAAUAUGUCAGAUUUAUCAGACUAUCUCGUCUUCGAUAUUAUGGGCGACUUGUGUUUUGGAACCUCGUUCAACCUCAAAGAGGCGGAAGAGAACCAAUUCAAACACAUGCCACAUACCAUUGCUGACUACAUGCGGUUUAUGUAUCCAAUCACUCAAUCUCCUAUCUUGGCGUUGUGGGUUUGGCUGAAACCGAGAGGCCUUGACGGUGUUUUAGAGAUUGCGUCUCCGAAAAACGUCAAAGAUUAUUAUAAAUUCGUGGAUGAAAGUGUUGCUAAAAGACGGAGAGAGGAAGAAAAUCUAGAAAAAUCUGGUGCCGAUGAGAGUCAGGGCCGGAAAGACAUGUUUCACUAUCUCUUCAAGGCGACAGAUGAUGCCGGGAAUCCAGCAUAUUCUGUUGACGAGCUGAAUUCGGAAGCAAACCUGCUUAUUAUUGGGGGCUCGGACACUACAUCAACGAUUAUGACCGGCUUUUGGUUCUACCUCACUAGGCACCCGAGGGUAUAUGACAAGCUUGUGAAGGAGAUUCGCACAACAUUUAAAUCCGCAGAUGAUAUAAAAACCGGACCAGCACUCAUAACCUGCAAAUAUCUGCUUGCUUGUGUAGAUGAGACGCUCCGGCUCUCGCCAGCUGGAACGUCAGAGCUAGCUCGGGAAGUAUUGCCAGGAGGGCUUGAUAUCGCAGGCCAUCUCAUUCCGGAAGGCACUCAUGUGGGAGUUGCUACGUGGACAAUUAUGCAUAACCAGGAGUUCUAUGGCGACCCUUGGGUCUAUAGGCCCGAACGGUGGCUCACGGACUCUGUAACAGGUGUGACCACAGAAGAUGUCGCCCGAGCCCAGUCUUGCUUCAACCCAUUCACUAUUGGGCAGGGGAAUUGUGUGGGGCAGAAAUUCGCCAUGGGAGAGCUCCUUAUCACUUUUGCGAAGACGCUACAUCGGAUGGACGUUCGACUCGCCCCUGGGGAUACUCUGGGUGCAGGUGCUAUAGAACUUGGAUGGGGAAUGAGAAGUAAAGAUCAUAUUACUCUGAAGGACGCCUAUAUCUCUAUAAAAGAUGGACCGAUGUUGCAGUUCCGUCGACGACCUAUUUAAAAAAAAUACAUUUAGAGAAAGUUUUAUGGACUAGCUAGAUCGUAGUAACUCAAAGCCACUCCGGUCUCCACU